CACUCCUCACGCUGAGUUGUCCUGGUCCUGUCAGGCAGCUCCUUCACUGUGGACACUGGACACAGGACAGGGACAUUACGGGACAUUACCUGGACACUACAGGCUCUGCACGUGAAAGACUCCACAGACUUACACCAAAAUGAAUUCCGAGCCCGUGGUCAUCGUCUCUGCCGCGCGGACACCGAUUGGGUGCUUGAAUGGCUCCCUGUCCAGCGUGCCUGUCCAUGAGCUGGGGACAGUGGUCAUGAAGGACGUUCUGAAGAGGGCGGGAGUCCAACCGGGGGACGUCUCUGAGGUCAUCAUGGGACAUGUCCUCACUGCAGGUAGCGGUCAGAACCCGGCGCGGCAGGCCAGCGUCGGGGCCGGUAUCCCCUACGCGGUCCCGGCCUGGAGCUGUCAGAUGGUUUGUGGCUCUGGACUCAAAGCCGUGUGUCUGGGGGCUCAGUCCAUCCAGGCGGGGGAGGCCUCUGUGGUGGUGGCCGGAGGGAUGGAGAGCAUGAGCCGGGCCCCUCACACAGUCCAGAUGAGAGCUGGAGUGAAGAUGGGCGACGCCUCACUGCAGGACUCGAUGGUGGCGGACGGUUUGACGGACGCGUUCCACAACUACCACAUGGGAAUAACAGCGGAGAACGUAGCGAAGCAGUGGGGCGUGACGAAGGAGGAGCAGGAUAAGUUCGCGGUUCAGUCUCAGAACAGGACUGAGGCUGCGCAGAAGGCCGGACACUUUGAUCCAGAGAUAGUCCCGGUUCUGGUCCCGUCGCGGAAAGGUCCGGUGGAGGUGAAGGUGGAUGAGUUCCCUCGACAUGGCAGUAACAUGGAGACUAUGUCCAAACUCAGACCCUGUUUUAUCAAAGACAACACUGGGACUGUGACGGCCGGCAACGCUUCAGGUAUAAAUGACGGAGCAGCAGCUGUGGUCCUCAUGAGUCAGUCUGAGGCUCAGAGCCGAGGACUCAAACCUCUGGCCCGGGUGGUGUCCUGGGCUCAGGCUGGACUGGACCCCUCCAUCAUGGGGACAGGGCCCAUACCUGCCAUCAGAAAGGCUGUUGAGAAGGCGGGCUGGAAGCUGGAGCAGGUCGACUUGUUUGAGAUCAACGAGGCGUUCGCUGCUCAGUCCAUCGCUGUGGUGAAAGAGCUUGGCCUGAAUGUGGAUAAGGUGAACGUGAGCGGUGGUGCCAUCUCCCUGGGGCACCCUAUCGGCAUGUCUGGGUGCCGGGUGCUGGUGACGCUGCUCCACGCCCUCCAGCGGACCGGGGGGCAGAGGGGCGUGGCCUCUCUCUGCAUCGGAGGAGGGAUGGGCAUCGCCAUGUGCGUCCAGACCGUCUAACGCGUCCAACAUCUACGGGCAUGUGCACUUCAGCCGUGGGAGUGCGGGGAAAUACUGGGAAAUGUGUUUACAAAAAUGAGGGAUAAUUAUGUUUACUGUAACGCUGCUUCACUGUGGAAUUGUCGGGAAUAACGUGAUUUUACUCAGGUUCACGCUCAAUGUGGCUUAGUGUAUCAACCAAGUAUCGAAUAUAUAAAUGUUUUAAAGGUGUAACAGCUCCUCCUGAAGUGUUUGCAAAGAAACCAGCGCUGAACAAACCAAAACAAACACGGCGGCGCUGACAUACAUAAAUUCGUGUAUAAUUCGUUCAUUCAUUUUUCAAUAUAAAGCCAAAAUUAAGAAAAUGAAAAAACAACUAUUUUCUUCAUUAUUUGUCUCCAAAACCAAAAUGAAAAAACUGAUAACGAUUAAUUUUUUAAGUUUUUGAUUUUGUGUUUAAAUGAAUAAUGGAAAAAAACGGAUUUCCUGUUUCUGUGACUUAAACUGCGAUGCUGGACUUUUGCACCGCAUAUGGACUGAACCAGGACUAAACCAGGACUAAGCCAUGACUAAGCCAUUUUCAGUCCUGGUCUGGUCCCUGUCUGAAUCCCGGUCUCAGUCCCGGUCUGGUCCUCGUCUGGUCCCAAUCUCAGUAUCGGUCUCAGUCCCAAUCUCGAGCACAGUCUGGUCCCGGAACCGGUUUAGUCCUGGUUCAGUCCGGCAUCGCAGUUUAAGUCACGGAAAAGGGAAACGUCCGUUAUCCGUUUUUUCCCACAAAAGUGAAAACUGAAAAAACAAAUCAUUAUCGUUUUUUUACAUUUUGGUUUUGGAGACAAAUAAUGAAGAAAAUAGUAUUUUUUUCAUUUUCUUAUUUUUGGUUUUAUAUUGAAAAAUGAAUAAACGAAUUAUACACGGAUUUUAUUUUAAUAGAAUUUAGGGAAACGUGCAUUUGUGCUUCGUGCAUUUGUGAAGGGAAAGAUACCUGUGCUUUUCUCUCAACUUGAAUUUAGCUAAAGAUUUCGCAGCUUGUUCCGCGGAUGUGACUACCUGGAACGUUCCACAAUAAGUUUAUCUGGCAUUUAUUCAACUACAGAUGUUUUAUUGCCAAGAAAAGAAAAAAAAAAUACAGUGAAAACCAUGCAGUCUUACCAAAAGUGGGCUUGUCUACUUAAAGAUCGAUAAUUUUAAUGCUAUUUACUGAAGAUCACUGAAGACAAAACAUUGGAGACGAGCAGGUGGCGGACGCUCUACAAUAAAAGGACAUAGUACACCUUUAAGAUUUAACUUUUACUUAUAGCAAUACAUAAAAGUAGCUCGACCUGUCUUACUUCUAAUGUAACUGCGGUUUGAAAUGUUUGUGUCCAUUUUAGGGAUGUAACGAUAACCGAAAUAUCGUGAAAUUGUAUCAUCAAAAGUCUCACAAUAUAUCGAAUCAUAAGUUUCUUUGCUUAAAUGCAUGGUUUUACAGUAGCAACGGCUUUUAAACAUCGGGAACUACAUAUCCCAUGAUGCAUUUCAGCGCAGACAACGUGAAGAAAUGUUUUUUACUUGAAUUCUUGGGAUUAUGAUGGAAAUAAUUCACACCAGAAUCUUGUCAAGGGAUUUUAAAAGCAAAAAAGUGUCCCAUCUACAAUUAUAUCAGCCUCUUCAAAGUAUCGCAGUAAAUAUCGUACCGUGAGAUUUGGAUAUCGUUACAUCCCGAGUCCAUCGUGAAGGCUGAACGCUCUUAAAGGCUUUAUAACUGUUGAGUCAAACUAAUGUUGUGAAGCCAUAAACCUUAUUUUACUGAUUAAUUAAAAUGCUAUAUAUGGAGUAAAGUGAAUGUUAUUUUAAAUGUGAUGCAUACAGAGUUUAAUUUAACUUCUUAAAUAACUUGUAAUUGUGAAUAGAAGCUUUUAACGGGUUGCCAGGUUGAAAUAACGCGAUGUCAUUUUCUCAGAUGGGGGCAGGAGCAAAUAAUGAACUACACGGAGCUUUCAAAGAGAUAAUCCACAGUAAAUUUUUAGGAACAAGACCAAUUCAUUGGGCUUUAUUUAUGUUAUAUUCGCCAAAAAAAACGUCUGGAAACGUGCGGAUGACGUCUUACGGUGUAGUUACUGACACUUUGAAUGUGAUAAAACCAUGGAUUUAGCAGUGGCGGUUUUCGAUGUCACAGACAGCUGGUCAUAACUUUAUCUGCUGAAUAUUGUUGAACAUUGAAAAUUCUAAGCAAAUGUGUAUUAUUUACAUCAGGCAUGUCCAAACUACGGCCCAUGGGCCAAAUGCGGCCCUCAGACAAUUUUUCUUGGCCCUCAGGCUUCCAGGUGAAUUGGCCCAAAUUGCCUUGCAUCAGUGAAAAAUUUACUUUUUACUGCAAGUUUUUUGAAAAUCUACCUUGAUAAAGCCAAUAUUUAAUAUUUAGUGUGUGGUUUUAAGGAUCUUGGCAUGAAUAAAGACAUACAGUUCAUUCUAACGUGUUAAACAUGCACAUUUUAAUUAUUCUCUGUACUGAGCACCAGUCUAUGGCCCUCGAUCGGCCCUCUGCUUCGUCUGUGUUUAGAAAUGUGGCCCUUGAUGAAAAAAGUUUGGACACCCCUGAUUUACAUGAUUAAAGAUCGAACUAAUUUUGUGGUGGCUGCCUCACACACUGAGCAGUUUUUGAAAUGUUUUCUUUGAGCUCAGUUUUUAACAUCCUGUCACGGGAUUUUAACCAACUAAACCGUGGACUUAGCAGCGGCGGGUUUUCGAUGUCACUUACAGACAGCUGGUCGUAACUUUAUCUGCUGAAUAUUACGGAACACUACAAUAUCUUUCAUUUCUUAUUAAGUUAGACAAAUUAUAAAUACACAAGUUAAUGGGCAAUUUAUUAAAGGAAAAAAGAAUACAAAGGUGUUUAGAUGAAGAAAACUGAGCCGUUUUCUGUUUUUCCAGAUUUUGAGAGUUACUAAUCAUCAUCCGCAUGUUUCCAAAUGUUCUCUGGUUUUCUCAGACUCAGAAUAAAAUAUUUCUUGCCCUUUUCUCCUUGAAUCUGCAGACCUAUGCAAUGUUAUGUCAUCUGUAACCCAGUAGUUAUGUUGUAUUUAUGUGACUAACCCUUCAUGCAUUUUAACAUUCCUGUAAUUUCUCAAUGUUUAGACCAACUCUGCAAAGUGCCACAAGUGAAAUAAAUCUUGUAUUUUUCUUACUAACCUCAAUUAUGUACAAUAAAAUAACAUGAAACAGA